AUGCGCAAUCUUGCAAUUGCCUGUGAUAUGCAUGAUUCGAUGUCGUUAAUUCGUUUCCAGGAGCAGUUCAAAGCGCUAUCGGUUGCAUCACGAGACGAUCGGACAGAUGUGCCUUCACCCAUGGCUGCACAGUUUCUUGUAGAUAAUAGCCAUCUGGCCUUUCUUAUGUCGGACGAAGCCGGUAAUAUCUGUUUAUUCAAUUAUAUGCCCGAGACGCAGGAAUCUAAUGGUGGUGAGCGUCUUGUACUGAGAGGGGUUUUGAAUGUUGGUACAAAUGUGAAUGCGUGGCUUAGAGUUAAAGGUGGGCGGCAUCAUGAUCAACGGCAUACAUCGUUGUUCUCGGUUUCACCACUUGAUGUAAAAAGCAUCACACAGCAACAAACCUGUGUGUGGGCUUCUCUUGAUGGUUCUGUUGGCAUUGUUCGCCCCAUUUCCGAGAGGCAGUUCAGGUAGGU